AUGACCACUGCUAUUCCAGACUCCUAUGGACCCUACGUCCUUAUGAAUUUGGGACCGGUCACGACCACGUUCACUCCUGCUCCAGCAUGUAACGGACCUGAAGGUAAUCUUUACCUAGGAAGAGUCGAUACCGGCGACUAUGGCUCCGCGGGCCCAGAUCUACAGUACACUGUAAACUGUGGUCCAUCCUAUCCUCAGUGUGCUCCAACCAAUACCCUCACGCCCUUGUCAUCACAACUCUCAACAAUGGCCCCCUAUGGGCUUUAUUAUUCGCCAGGUUUACACUGUCCUGCUGGGUGGGAAACCGUUGCACAGGCCGCGCGAGAUGGAGAGAAGCCCUACACAACCUCGGGUAUCAUGAGUUAUGGCAAGGAAGCCACCGAAAACACCGAACUAGGAGCACAUUCAACCUACUUCCCAGUAAUAUUGGCGGCUCAUUUAAAGCCCAGCGAGACGAUCGCCGUCUGUUGUCCCAGUGGGUACAAAGCGGAUAUUACAGGCGGUUGUUGGACUAUUACCUCCUCUUAUAAGCCCACCAAAGCUUGCGCUACCCCAUAUACACAUGGAUCAGCCACCACCGAAGUCACAGCGUAUCUUGUCAACUACGCUGGUUCGACAACUUCAGAAGAGACUUUCUCAGGCACGAUGCCCUGGGAUGGAUUUUCGACGACCACGCAGGUCUGGUCAGCAAACGACGAUUCUGCGGAAUCAUUGACCCCGAUUCAAUAUUAUCAAGCGCUGACUAUGUAUCAUGUUGAGACUGAUGUUCAGGCCGCUGCAACGGCUACCAGCACUGCUGCAUCGACUUCAAAUGGUGCUGCAAGGUUGCAUCCGAGAAGGUCAAACUGGAACGAGAUUGGCUCAAUUCUCGGUGUUUCUCUCGCGGCGGUGGUACUGGGUUCAGCUAUUAUCUUCCAGGCAUGA